CUGCCCAUUGGAGACGCUUCAUGCUGAGCAGCAAAAUGGCCGCCCGUCAACCGACUGACUCCACAGCGCUUUGAAAUUUAAAUUCUUCUGCACAUUAGGGUUUACACUAUUAUAACGUUAGUACUUACUUACAAACCAGUAGCUUGUUACGCGUGUUUUCAUCAUCUGCCAGUUACUUGACUAUCCGCUCAGGCGUCGCUGUUCUUGUAGCCUCGACGAAUGCCUCAAAAAGCUAAAAAAAAAAUCGCACUGAAGCACUUUAGCUAAGCUAGCUAGCACGUUAGCUUAUCUUCAUAUGUGAUUCCCGAGAAAAGAGGAGUAUCAGGACAGGAGCAGUAGUUCAUGGAAGACAAGAAAAGGAAAAAAGAAGAAAAAAGGAAAAGGGAAGCCUCUCAGAAGGUUACAGAGCAAAAAAACAAAGUGCCAGACUUGACCAAGCCGGCUUCUGCCCAGUCUCCUGCCACUCAGAGCAGCUCUGCCUCCCCCAGCCCUGGACCCACCCCCUCUGCCUCCCCAUCCCCAGCCACCUCAGGCCCUGGCAGUGCUGCCACCCCGUCACAGGGCGGCAACAAUGCCAAGCGCCUGGCAGUGGCCAACGGACAGUCCACCUCCACCACCAGUUCUUCCUCCACCGCUGGCGGCCCCAGUGCUGCUGGAACCGGCAGUACAAGUAGCGGAGGCGGAACUCAGGCGCCUCAGCAGCCACCACGCUACAUGCCGAGAGAAGUGCCGCCACGAUUCCGCUGCCAGCAGGACCAUAAAGUGCUACUGAAGAGGGGUCAGCCGCCACUGUCCUCCAUGCUGCUGGGAGGAGGGGGAGGAGGGGAUGGCCCCAAUGCAAACAUGGCUGCUGUCUCAGAUUCUGGCUCAACUGCCUCCUCAUUGGCCCUCACCUCAUCAUCAGUUGCUGCUUCUACUACUACUUCUAAUUAUGCAAAUUCCAUGUGGGGGGCAAGCUCAGGCAGCCAGGCCUCCUCUCAGGGCAGGGAGAAGGUGAUUGUUGAUGGCAACGACCUAGAGGAGUGGCCUAGUAUCGCUGGCAGUGAUGGAGGGGGCAGCGGCAACAACGGAAUGCCUGUGAAUAGCAUCAGUGCCUCUGGCAACCAAUCCUCACCCACUUCCUCGUUCUCUUUGCCCAAUGAAUGUAUGCAGUCGUCCAACAGUAUGGCGUGGGGGACGGCUGCCUCCCAGGGUCAUCUUGGAGGAGGUAAUGCAGUAGCUGCAGCUGGGCCUCUGCUACAACAGUCCUCCUUACUUUCCAAAGCCCCCACUGUGCCAGGGAGUCAUGAUGCCAGUGGCCCCGUUGAUGGCAGCAGUGGGAUUACAGGUGCCAAUUUCAGUCCAAAUGCCAACCCUUCGGCCUGGCCUGCCCUGGUGCAGCAGGAUGGCCCCGCUGCUGCAGGGGAAGGAGGUCUGUCUUCUUUCCAUCACCAGGGCCCUGGAGGGUCUGCCAACAACUCUGCUUCCCUGGGGCUGGGAGGUGGGGCAGUCGGGGUGCUGGGGGGUCACCCAUCUUUAUCUGUGAAUCAAUCAAGCGCCCAUCAGCACCAACUUCACCAAAUGCAAUCCAGAGACAGAGAGAUGGGAGGGGGAAAGUGGGACAGUGAAUCAGCGGGACCAAAAAUUGCAGGGGGGGAAGGGAUUGGGGGAGGAAUGGACCAUGGUGGAGGAGGCGGGAUUAAUGUGGGAGACCACAGCCUUGCCUCCUCAUGGAGAGGCCAGUCUUCUUACCCUGCAGCUAACUCAAAAACGGGUGCCUCAAGGACUGAUGGAUGGGAGGGCGGAGGAGGUGGCACAGGGGGAUUCAGAGCAGCAGAAGGAGAUAAUGGGACCUCGGGUUGGGGAUAUCCGAGUUCCACAAGUGGGGUUAAUGCUUGGGGCAGUGCUGGAAAUGGGGGAAACAGCAGUCAAACCGCCGGGGUAUCUCAGGGAGGGUGGGGGUUAUCAGGAGUAGGAGGGGAAAGAGGGGUUUCUGGUAGUGAUUGGGGUGGAAGCCCUCCUGGUAUUGGUGGACCUAAUCCUGGAGGUGAGGGAAUGGGUGGAGCCUGCAGCAGUAACAGCAGCAGUAGUGGAGGCAGCACAGCAGGCAACCCUCCAGCUGCUUCCUCCUCUUCCUCAACAGCCACCUCUACGACCAGAGCCUGGGACAAUCAGAAAGAAGAAGGUGAAACAGGGGAAUGGGGUGGUGGAAUAGGAGGGCAGGGAGAACGGGGAGGAUCUUCAUCCAGCGGUGGAAAUUCGAGAAGUGGGAGUGUGCCUAACAGCAGUCGUCCUCAUCGGCCGGCACCUAAUGCUGAAGCUGCCUUACAGAAUCUGCUCAGUAGGUCUGAUUUGGACCCUCGGGUCCUGUCCAACACAGGCUGGGGCCAAACACAAAUCAGACAGAACACAGCCUGGGAUGUUGAGGAAUGUGCAGGACAGAGUAAAGGUGGGUCCUCAUCAGCUACAUCGAAACACCCAUCUUCUCAUGGUGGUCCCACUCAGUAUUCUAGUGGACCUAGGACCCUAACCACUGAUUCUAUGGGUCCAGGGGUCAGUCCUUCCUUGGUUCCGUCUACUGGAUCCUCUGGAGAGGGCUGGGAGAGCAGCAGUAACAGUAGCAGUAGUGGGGCCUCUUUGUCUGGGAGAGCCCCACCACCUACAGGGCCCAACAUGAGGAAUCUUGGCGUCUCACAAUCUGGGCAAGUGACCACAACUGUACCUGGUAUGGGGUCAGGGGUAAUACCAGGGCCUAGCCAGCAGGGGAAGGCUACAGGUUGGGGUGGUGGAGUGCUAGGGGAUGGGGGUGGCCAGGAGGCCAAGGGCUGGGGGAAUGAGGAAUGGAGAGGCAGUAACAGGGGAGAAAAAAGAGGAGGAUGGGGUGAUCUUGGGCAACAAGGUGACCCUGUGAGUGGAGGCUGGGGAGGAAGUCAGGAGGAGAAAGGGACAGGGGGUUGGAAAGAAAUGGGUGGGAAUGAAGGAGGAAGUGGGUGGGGAUCAGAACAUAAGGUUGGGGCAGGUAAAGAUUGGGGAGAGCAAGAGUCCAAAUCAAAUAGUGGUGGAGGGGGAUGGGGAGAUGAGAGAAAAAAUGGAGGAGGACACUCAGGUGGGGAUUCAGGUGUGGGUGGUUGGGGAAGCUGGGACGACAGUGCUCCCCGGAGGACCUGGGGAGCAGGGGGCACAGGGGGAGGAGGGAGCGGAGGAGGGGGUAUUGGUGUUGUUGGGGGACUGGGGUCCAAACCCCAUCAAAGUUGGGGUGGAGGAAACAAAAUGCACCAGAUGCCAAACAGCCAGUCGGGCUCCAUCACAAGCCCACAGGCACAACUGCAACAGCAACAAUCACAGCCCCGCAAUCAGCAUCCACAGCUGCAGCAAGCGUUGGACCAAGGGGCUAUGCAAGGGGGCGGGGGGAGGAAACUCAUCUCUCAAGCCCAGAAUCAGAACCAAAGCUCAGGCUGGACCACGGGGCCCAUCCCUGGUGUCUCUGGAGGAGGUGGAAGUGGAUCUGAGCCAAGCGGCUGGGAGGAACCCUCGCCGCAGUCUAUAAGUAGGAAGAAUGAGAUAGACGAUGGAACAUCAGCAUGGGGAGACCCAACCCAUUACAACUACAAGCCGGUCAACCUGUGGGAUAAGAACAGUGGUCCUGCUGGCCAGCAGCCACAUGGCCAGGGUCAGGCCCAGCAGCAGCAACAACAGCAGCAGCAGCAGCAGCCGCCACCGCCGCAGGGACCUCCAAUACAGCAGCAACCUAGCAGGCAGGCUGCAGGGCCUGGAGGUAACCGAGACUUCAACACUGGCCAUGGACCUGGGAAAGCUUCAGCUAUGGGUCCAUCAGGCUGGGGGGGCACUUCUCCAGCUAGUCCUACAGUAGAUAAUGGCACAGCAGCUUGGGGAAAGCCUAGUGAUGCCCCUACAGGCUGGGGAGAACCUGACGAUGCUGCAGGGAAGACAUGCUGGGGAAACCCUUCUUCAAACUCCAUCAAAUCUGGUUCAAAGUCUAUGCAAGAUGGCUGGGGGGACAAAGAGAGCUCUGUGGCAGCCUCGCGCCACUCGAGCUGGGAGGAUGAGGAGGAAGGAGGCGGCAUGUGGAACAGCACUGGCUCCCAGGGAAGCGGCUCUUCUUGGGGACAGGGAAGCAAUGGGGGCUGGGGGCAGAGUCACACUGGAAAGAAGUCCAGCAACAAGGGUCCGCUGAAGGCUGGUGGGGGAGACUCCUGGAUGAGCCCCAUCAACAGACAGUUCUCUAACAUGGGGCUGCUGAAUGAUGAUCCCAGUAGCCCUAACAUCGACCUGGCUCCUGGUUCUGUCCAGGACAAGAAGAUGGAGGCAGAGAAAAGAGGCAUUGGAAUGAAUGAUUAUAAUGGAGAUAUGAGGAAGGGAGGAAGAGGAGGAGGAGGAGGAGGAGGGAUGGCCUAUCGUCCUCCUGGCUCCAAAGAAGCAGCACUUGGGGAUGCUGGGUCUUACUAUGACAAGACCUUGCCUUUGAUCAAUCAGGAUGGGUGCCUUGGGGAGGAGGGUCCUAGCUCUCUGUACUCACCACCCACUGUCUACAAGCCCCAUUCCCUCUUCAACCACUCUAUCCCCUUUAGACAAGGUGGUCACAGUAUCUUUGGCAGUAGUGGAGGAAUGGCCCAAUCAAGACAUCAGCCAAGUAUCCCACCCAUAAACCAGUCCCCAGGGAUACGAGCGCAAGUGCCUCAUCAGUUCCUGUCACCUCAGGUGCCAGGCUCUGUGCUGAAGCAGAUGCCCCCUCCCAGCGGGAGCGUGGGGGGUGUUGGUGGCGUGGGAGGAGUGGCAGGAGUCGGGGGAGGUGUGUUCCCUCCGCAGCUGUCCCCCCAGCAUAUUGCCAUGCUCAGCAGCAUCUACCCACCUCACAUCCAGUUUCAGCUGGCUUGCCAGCUCCUCCUCCAGCAGCAGCAGCAGCAGCCACAGCAACAGCAACAGCAGCUACUGCAAAACCAGAGGAAGUUCACACCAAACGUGCGGCAGCAGGCUGACCCUCAACAGCUGGCCAGGAUAAUGGCGGUGCUCCAACAGCAGAGGCAGCAACAGCAGGCCGGGGGUCUAGGCGGCAGCUCCAAACUCUCCCCCUCCCACCAUGGUGGAGGUGGCGGAGGGGGACCCAAACUGCCUGGGGCUGAUCCACUGCCCCACCCAGGCCUGGCAGGAUCUGUGGUUGACCUGCACCAGAAAAAUCUUGGACCAUAUUCCGGGUUUGGUUCUGGGGUGAACCUACCUGGUCUGGACCUGGGUGGCUCUGUGGUGGGGGGGCCUGGACCCAUGAAGGACCUAGGGAGUCAGCAGUCCCGUUUUAAAUGGAUGAUGGAAGGACACUGUUCUCCAGAUACUUCCUCACCAGAGAAUCCGUUCCACAAAAAUGGUCCUGUCACCCCCAUAAAGAUGCCAGGAGGCUCGCCCUACUCCCAGUACGACAUGAUGGUUGGAGAUGGGCUUGGUGACAACUGGCAUCGCACCCCAGGCAACAAGAUGGGUGCCAAGCCUACCAACACGCCGAGCUGGCCCCCUGAGUUCCAGCCUGGUGUGCCGUGGAAGGGAAUUGACCGUGUUGAUCCUGAGUCUGACCCUUACAUGACCCCAGGGAGCAUGAUGGGGAACACAGUGUCCCCUGGUCUCAAUGAUACAGAGCACCAGUUGUUACAAGACAAUACUGAUUCCACCCCUCCCCUCAACACCUUGCUGCCUUCACCUGGUGCCUGGCCCUACAGUGCCUCAGACAGUCCCCUCAACAACGCACACAACUCAGCAAAGUACACUUACUACAAGGCCAGCUGGCCCCCGGAGCCCAUAGGACACAAGUCUUGGAAAGCCAGCCGUGGCAGCAGCCAGACCCAGUUAUCCCGCCUACCUCCAGGCCUCGCCAGUCAAAAGCAGCCAUCGCCUUCCCCUUGGUCUGGAGGAGCCCCUCGACUGGCUGGCAGGGGCUGGGGCAGUGGCUCAAGCACCACUGGCUCGACCUGGAGUGAUGGCAGCUCUCGGGAAAGCUGCUGGUUGGUGCUCAGCAACCUCACACCACAGAUUGAUGGCUCCACUCUGAGAACCAUCUGCAUGCAGCAUGGUCCCUUGCUGACCUUUCACCUUGGCCUGACCCAGGGCACUGCUCUGAUUCGCUACGGCUCCAAACAGGAGGCAGCCAAGGCCCAGAGUGCACUCCACAUGUGUGUUCUCGGAAAUACCACCAUCUUGGCAGAGUUUAUGAGUGAAGAGGAUGUGGCUCGCUACAUUGCACAUUCCCAGGCAGGAGGAGCAGGGAGCGCAGGAAGUACAGCCAGCUCCACAGGCUCCGGGCCCUCCGCAACCUCUGCAGUUGGGGCUAACGGUAACGGAGGGAGCUGUGAGAGAGGCGGAGCAGGAGGCAGCAGUGCGGGAGGCGGAGUAGAAGGAGUCUCCACAGCCGGAGGAGCAGGAAGCGCAGGAGCCGGGUCUUCCAGCUCCGGGUGGCAAAGUCUGGACAGCACAGGCAGCUCAUCGGACCAGACUGCCACCCAAGGCCCCGGACUGGGCGUCUUCACCCAGUGGGGCAGCAACGGAGCCGGAGUGGGCGGGGUCGGAGGCGCGGAGGCCGGAAGGCAGGGUCUGUGGGGGGGAAUGGGCGGCAUGAGCGGGGCGGGGUACCCUAGCAGUAGCCUCUGGGGUUCUCCACCACUCGAGGAUCGUCACCAGAUGGGCAGCCCCGCCUCACUGCUGCCGGGGGACCUGCUGGGCGGGGGGGCCGACUCCAUCUGAGGGGCAGACUGACAGACGCACACAUUUUUACACCUCUGUUGUAACACAUACGUCACACACUGCUUUUAUUUACACGUAGCGAUGACGUGAAAUAAAGCUACACUGGUCACCUAACACAGAGACACUCAGCAGUCAACACAAGCUACAUGCACACAUUAUUGUCACACAUUCACAUGAAACCGCUUAACUUUAAAUGAAGACAACAGUAAAACUUGAACCAGGGGGAAAAAGGUGAAAUCCAUUAAACUCUUUAGGACUUAACUGGAUAGCUCUUUGUCUUUUUACUCCAAAUCCAACCAUCUGCAUUCAGAGACCCAAUCACUCAGGCAUGCACUGUAGACAGGCUCAGCUGGAGUCAUACAUGUCAACAAGUUUAGCUAUUGCUGUUUUUAGCGUGCCACUUCUUUUUUUUUUCCUUUUGUAUUACUAUUUAAUGGUCGAAUAUCAAAAUUCAAACUUGCAGACUGAGCCCUCGUAGACCUGGCUGGUGUACUUCUGAGUUCUUUUUGGAAGCUUGUAAAGAGGAUCUGGAUUGAAGGAGUUUGUAGAAAAUCUGGGGACAGCGCCACACUACUGAGUCAAAUGGAUGAUCAACAACGUUGCGGAAAAGGAGUCUUUUUAGUAGGUACUGACACAUCUGCCUUGGUGGAAACAUGCCAUCACUAUGGGACCCAGGGUGAAAAACAAACAAAACAAAAACAACAUUAGCCAAACUUGCACUAUAUGCCUCUGGGUUUGUUGUCGACAUCCUCCACAAAUCCCUCCAUUUCUGAAACCGAGCUACAACACAACUCCACAGGACGAUCAAACGUUCCAACAGCAGUGGCUUCGGCUAACACCCGGCAGCCGUCCACCCUCCAUGUCGACAGCAUCACACUUUCUCAUCAGCUCCACACUGCUCUUACAUUGGACAAGCAAAACUGUAUCUCCCUGUCGAUGUACGUCGGUCAUUUAUCAUUCUUUUUGUUUUCAAACAGAACGUGUGAAACUACGUGGAAAUCCAGAGAUGUCCUUUUUUUUGCCCUUCAAACACUGACCUCGCUAUUGUAUUUUUUUUCUUACUCGAGAAAUCAAGUUGGUUAUUAUCUAUUGUCAUGAUGUAAUGAUGACUAUGAUGACUUAUUUACUCGCUGUACAAGGUGCCCUCCUGCCUGCCUAUGUGUGCAUGAAAGGAGUGUUGACAGUUAGGACCGAAUGGAGGAGGAUGUGAUGAAGAUAUCGGGAGUGUCUGUGUUAUUUGCUACUAUGUUGAAUGUUUUAUUUUUCUUUUCUUGUCCAUGAGAGAUUCAUGAGAACUGUUUGUGUGUGUCUGCAUUUGUGUGUGCGCGUGUCUGUAUGCUUGCUCUGAACAGUGAAUCGACGUUAAUCUGAUGGCUUGCAUUCGAGAGAAAGAAUGUGCGGAUGUAUACACACGUUUGCACGCUCGACUGGAUAUUGUGAUAGCUAAAAAGUUCAAAAACAUUGGCACUAUUACAUAUGUCUCUUAAGUUGUGUUUUUUUAGCAGCAUUUUGUUCCUGUUUGUGUUUUUUUUUUUCUGUCAAAUGCAAUAAGAGAAUGAUAUUUUGUUUUUAAAAACGAAGCAACCAACUGAAGGCAUUUCGGUUAAAAUGCCACACCCUACCACACCAAGCUGAGCUGGAACAGUGUUUUACAGACACGUUAAAGACAUUACCUGUUAUGUUUUACUGUGUUUCCUUUUGUUAUUAUGUAUCAGUUUAAAUUAAGUCAGUCUUUAUUAUCACUCCUGUUCAGGAUGUUUUCAUUUAUUUCAGAUGUUACAAAAAAAGGAGAGGAAAUUAAUUUAAAGCAGGAAAGAACAAGAUAAUAAAGGUUGAAUUGAA